UUCCUGGUACACACUCGAUCUGGUGCAUUGAUCUCAGUAAUAGUGCUACUUGUCUCCUUAAUUCAUCAAACUGUCCACCACUAAGAGUCAUUUUGACUUUCUCUCCGUCUUCAAGUUGGAUUUCAAUGACUACUUCAGGCAUCAUUACUCUAUGAAGUUUGGAAUGGGAGAGGAUAUAGUUAACCUUCCACUGUCAAUAUUCAUAUUAGAAAUGCCUUGAUGGUUGGGAGAGUAUAUUUCACUAAUAAUCACCAUGAAAAUAAAAUAAUUAUAUUGAAGGCAUUCUCUAGCGUUCAUUCUAAGUGUACUAUUAGGUCAAGGUCCCUUCCAAUUAUCCCAGUUCUCUUUAACUCAUUUUUAGGCAAAAUUUUCAGUCUCAUCUUUCAAGCAGCGCAAAUAUCUUUUUAUUUUCUAAGAUCAUUUUGUAGCAAUGUCAACACUCUUAAUCUUCUGUGGAAUUAUCCCUUUGAGAUAAUUCUUUAAUGAUGCUUGAAUGCAGUUUAUCACACUCAUCUCCUAAUUCACAUCUUCAUACGAGAAAGUUUAAACAAGGCUGUUUUUCUUGAUGCUCUGGAGAUGGAGCUUGAGUUUUUACUGAUUUACUUUUGGGCUUCUCUCCUUCUCACUGAAAAGCUUCUUUUGAUAAACUUUUUAAACAUUUCCAUAGAAUGUAAGAUGCCCAGUGUUUCUUAAGUUUAGGAUCAACAAUAUCUUGAAUAUAUAUUUUGGUUUUUGUCAUUCUGAUAUCAGCAUUUAGAGAAAUUGUACCAGUAUAUUGAGAAGCACCUGGAACAUAAGGUAAGAGUUUAGAUAAUUUCAGAAGCACUAUCCCUAGUUUCCAUUCCUCAGCUUUGAGAUCUAUGGUUAACUUUGGUUUUCUUUGUCACUUAAUUCUGACUUACCCAUUUGG